AAAGGGGAAAAAAAAUACUAAAUUCUUUAAAUACAAAGUUUUAUUUCUCAAUCUCAGGUCUUAUCUCUGGCUAAGGAGUUGUGACUCUUUGCUCUCACCCAGUCUCUCUGCCUUGUCUCCGCCGCUGUCAGCCAGCACUCUCGCUUAGAAAUCCGACGUUUCAACCUCGGUUCUCACCGUUCGGCAUCGUCUCUCACCACCCUCCUCUCGGCCUUGCUUGCAGACGUGUCGCCUCUGCCUCUACGCUUCUGCCGCUAGCAGUGCGGCCGUGCCUCUGUCUCUUCGCCUCUGCUUCUCGCCGAUUCACGGUGCCUUCCUCCGAGGUCGUCACUGGACUCACUGAGGCGUCCUUCUGUUGCUGUCGCUAACUCCCCGUUCCUUCUGGUUUAGUUUGACUGUUAUAACACUGAUUUGGCUGGUACUUGACUGGUAUCCCUUUUAACAGAAGUUCUGUUGUAAAGUUAUUUUGGUUGGAGCUUUUGUUCUGAGAUAUAGUCCAAAUUAAAAUUAGACGGUAAUGCAUGCCUGAGAACUGUGCCUAUGUUUCAGACAAUAGCUGGACUCUAAAAUGUUUUGUAGCACAAGUAACAUAAACAGGGUAUUUAAAAUAGGGUGCUGUCAUAAGAGUAAUUGUGUCAUAGACUCAUAGGUCAAAUGGUUCUCCUCUUAAUUGUUCCUUAUUAAUAACCUCCUAUCCUUCUAUAUCCAUUUGUUGACAGACUAACUCAGGCCAUAUAUUUUAAGAGAUUGCUAACACCCCAUCCUUAUCCAUGGAACAACAAACCCAACCCAACCCAGCCACCAACAUCAACCCGAAAGCCACCAACAACCACAAUCAACCAUCAUCAUGGGCCAAAAAGGCAUGGCGCCUCCUCUCUGAUGUUCGAGCUCAGUCCCCACUGAUCCAGUGCAUCACAAACUUUGUCUCUAUGGAUCUCAUGGCCAACACCCUCUUGUCCGCAGGUGCGUCCCCUGCCAUGCUUCACUCCCUCGAGGAGCUCAAUGACUUCACACCUUGCUGCCAGGCACUCUGCAUCAAUGUUGGCACGCUCACGCCUUCCUGGCUUCCCUCCAUGAAGUCUGCUGCACAACUCUGCUCCCAACUGGACAUACCGUGGGUGCUCGACCCUGUUGCCGUCUCCGCCUCUGGUUUUCGUUUGAAGGCUUGCAUGGAGCUUGUGGAGUUGAAACCUGCUGUCAUAAGAGGGAAUGGUUCUGAGAUCAUUGCUCUCUCCAUGGCUUUCACUCAACCCUCCAAGGUCUCCAUUGUCAAGGGUACAGACAGCAUCCAUGAGUCAGUGGAUGCAGUGGAAGCUGCAAAGUUAUUAGCUAAAAGCAGUGGUGCCAUAGUUGCAGUAUCAGGAGCCACCGACAUUGUCACAGAUGGAAAUCAAGUCGUUGGAGCUCACAAUGGGGUGCCAUUGAUGCAAAAGAUAACAGCAACCGGGUGUUCAGUUACGGCACUUAUUGCUGCCUUUGUAGCUGUUGACAAAAUCCAUGCUUUGGAUGCAGCAGUAUCAGCAUUAGCGGUAUUUGGUGUCACCGGUGAGCUAGGAAUGAAGAAUGCUAAAGGUCCUGCGUCUCUGCGAAUGCAUUUGAUAGAUGCCCUCCAUGGGCUUGAUGAAGCUGCUUUGGAAUCUCAUGUUAAUAUCACAAGUUUGUCUUAAAAUGCGAAGAUCUUUGUUGCAAAUGGGUAAUUAUAAUUUUAUUUAUACUCAUGUAGAUGUCUACCGUUGGGAUUAUAAAGGAUGCGACAUUUUUUUCCUUUUUUUAUAAUUUAUUUUCCAAUAAAUAGUUCUAUUAUUUCAAAGA